AUGGCUGGGUCUCCCUCACCAACCUCACCGGCCCGUACCGAAGUCGAUCACCCAAAGGAUGAUGGUCAGGACAAUGAGGAAAACGGCGUCCAUCACCGCCAUCAAAAACCUCACCACUCCGUAGGCUUUUGGCACCCGUCUAUGAAAAAGGUCCGCACCCACGUUAUUCGAUUAUGGAUCCAGACGAUCACCAUUUUGUUUGUAUUCAUCCUCGGUGUUUUGUCAAUGUAUUGGGCUGUCCUCUUCCGCACCGAAGAGAAUCUCAGGUCAAUCAUCGUUCAUGUCGUCGACUUUGACGGCCAAAUUGCCCCAUACGAAUCAGUGCAACCCAUUGUAGGUCCGGCAGUUGUCCAGACUGUGCAGCAGUCAUUGGACAAGCCGGGCCCCUCAUUAGGAUGGACGAUCCUGCCGCCCUCGCAGUUCAACAACGACCCUACGGCCGUGAGAAUGGCCGUCUACGACUGGGACAGCUGGGCAGCUGUGGUUAUACACCCUAAUGCAACGGCAGCUCUUCAGGAGGCUGUCGCGAGUGGGGAUGCAAGUUAUGAUCCUGCAGGCUCCGUUCAAAUCAUUAUACAAACGGCCCGAGAUCAGACGACUUACCAGAGUGACAUCUCACCGUACAUCACCCAAUUCUCGGAGCAAUUCGCUCAACAGUUUGGAAAGCAAUGGGGCCAGAUUGUCAUAUCCAACACGUCCUUGAGUCGAGAGAACCUCGCCAGAGCUUCUUCUGCUGUCAAUCCUGGCGUCGCACCGUUGAUGAUUGAUCUGCGCCCUUUCCAACCUGCCACUGCGACGCCUGCAGUGAGCAUUGGGCUUAUCUAUUUGAUUAUCAUGGCCUUUUUCUCCUUUUCGUUCUUUUUGCCUAUUCACUCGAAAUACAUCCAACCUCAGGGUCAUCCGCCCUUACACUUUUGGCAGCUUAUCAUAUGGCGAUGGGUAGCAACCAUUGUCGCCUACUUCAUCAUUUCUCUCAGCUACAGCCUAAUAUCUCUCGCCUUCCAAAUUCCCUUCAGUGCACCCCCCGCCUCGCCAACGGAACCAGCCCCUCCAUCAGGGGCAACAGCUUACGGACGCGGCACCUUCCCCGUAUACUGGAUGCUCAACUUCGUUGGUAUGGCUGCUUUGGGCCUUGCCUGCGAAAACGUGGCCAUGAUCGUCGGCCAGCCUUGGACGGCGCUGUGGCUCAUUUUCUGGGUCAUUUCAAACGUUUCGACUUCUUUCUAUGCCAUUGACUUGUCACCUGGCUUCUACCACUGGGGUUAUGCUUGGCCGCUUCGCCAGGUUGUGGAAGGCAGCCGCCAGUUGCUCUUUGACUUGCACUCCAAGAUUGGACUGAACUUUGGCGUGCUUUUUGCCUGGACAGCGGUCAAUACUGUCCUUUUCCCGUUUUGCUGCUAUUUCAUGCGUUGGAAAAUGGAGUAUGGCAAAAGAGUGGCAGAAAAGGAAAAAGAUCGGUAUGUGGUUGAGACUGAGGAUGGAGAAAAGGAGUUGAAAAAGCCCGAGGGGCAGAAGCCGCCUAUCAGAAGGCGGGGUUUCAUGAGAGGUCUCUGA